AUGGAGGCGGUGUACCCUGCUGCUGCCUUGACCAGAGGAACAGUGAUUGAUCCUUCUAAAUGUCGAUUGAUGAGUGUGGAUGAAAAGCGAGAACUCGUUCGUGAUUUAUCAAAGAGCCCAGAAAGUGCUCCUGACAGGCUCCAGUCGUGGACCCGUCGGGAGAUUGUAGAGAUUCUUUGUUCUGAUCUUGGAAGGGAGAGGAAAUAUACUGGUUUAUCCAAACAGAGAAUGCUAGAUUAUCUCUUCAGGGUGGUGUCUGGAAAAUCAUCUGGUCCUGUGGAACAUGUACAAGAGAAAGAGAAAGGGAAAGAGAAAGAGAAAGAGAAAGAGAAAGAGUCAAUUCCUGAGCCCAAUACAACUAACCAUCAGUCCCCUGCCAAACGACCGAGAAAGAGUGACAAUCCAUCACGAUUACCGAUUAUCACAAACAACUCUGCAGCAUCUGAUGUAACUGGGCCACCUAAUAAUCCACGCUUCUGCCAAAAUGUAGCUUGCAGGGCUAUUCUCAGGGACAAAUUUUGCAGACGCUGUUCAUGCUGCAUUUGUUUCAAUUACGAUGAUAACAAGGACCCAAGCCUCUGGUUGUCGUGUAGUUCAGACCAACACUUACAAAAGGAUACCUGUGGUUUUUCUUGUCAUCUUGAAUGUGCUCUAAAGGAUGAAAGAACUGGUAUUCUGCAGAGUGGACAAUGCAAGAAACUUGAUGGUGGCUAUUAUUGCACUCGCUGUUGGAAACAGAAUGAUUUGCUUGGGUCCUGGAAGAAACAACUGGUCACAGCAAAAGAUGCUCGGCGAUUGGAUGUAUUGUGUCAUCGUAUUUAUCUCAGUCAUAAGAUCCUUGCCUCCACAGAGAAGUACUUGGUAUUGCAUGAGAUUGUUGAUACAGCAUUGAAGAAACUAGAGGCUGAGGUCGGUCCUAUCUCUGGAGCUCCAAAUAUGGGUCGAGGAAUUGUCAGUCGACUUACUGUUGGUGCCGAAGUUCAGAAACUUUGUGCUCAAGCAAUAGAUGCUAUGGAAUCAUUGUUCUCAGAUGUAUCUCCUGCUAGUUCAAGAAUUCAGCGACCAUCUAUGAUACCACCAAACUUUGUAAAGUUUGAAGCUAUAACCCAAACAUCUGUUGUGGUAUUUUUGGAUUUGGUUCACUGUCCUAUGCUUGCCCAAGAGGCAACUUCGUUUAAUGUCUGGCACCGAGUGGCUGUUACUGAAUCGUACCUGUCAAAUCCAAGUGGCAUAAUACUUGCGCCAUCGAAAAAAUUACAUGUCACUGGGCUUGCACCAGCUACAAGCUAUAUCUUUAAGGUUAUUGCUUUCAAGAAUUCGAUCGAGUUGGGAUCAUGGGAAAUUAGAAUGAAGACAAACUGUCAAAAGGAUGAUCCAAGGGGUUCAAUGCCAGGUGGUACUGGACUAGGACAAAAUAGUGAGAGCCCAAAGGCAAACAGUGAUGGCCAGUCUGAUCCUUCCUCAGAGGGUGUCGACUCAAACAAUAAUACUGCUGUUUAUGCUGAUCUAAACAAGUCCCCUGAAAAUAGGGUAACAGAAGUCACUGAGCUGGAAGAAGCGCCUGGGCUCUCAGCCUCAGCCUUGGAUGAGGAACCCAAUGCUUGUGUUCAAACAGUGCUUCUCAGGGAGUCAAACUCACUAGAACACAAUCAAAGAGCUGUAGUUCCUAGAUCACAGGAUACAUCUAGUGUACUGGCUGGAAAUGAGUUGAUGAUUGUUGGACCUCGAUAUGCUGGUUCUGUGCCACCCAUUGCAACAAGAGGUGUGGAAAACAGCAAGGAGAAUGGUGGAAGGGGCUUCAAACCCAAACCUUGUGACAAUGUUGUUCAAAAUGGCUCUUCAAAGCCUGAAAGGGAACCGGGCAAUUCGUCAAACAAAAGAACAUCUGGUAAAAUGGAGGACCUUGGCCACAAGGAUAAUUUCUCUGAAGUGUCAUAUGAGUACUGUGUAAAGGUGGUCAGGUGGCUGGAGUGUGAGGGCUAUAUUGAAACAAACUUCAGGGUGAAGUUUCUUACAUGGUUUAGCUUGCGUGCCACCCCGCAAGAGAGAAAGAUAGUUAGUGUCUAUGUGGAUACUCUUAUUGAGGACCCUGUCAGUCUUUCUGGCCAGCUCGUUGACAGCUUCUCGGAGAGGAUAUAUAGCAAAAAGCGGCCUUCCAUGCCUUCUGCUUUCUGCAUGGACCUGUGGCAUUAA